CACCGAGAAAAAAAUCCUAGAUAGAAGAUGAUUCAGUAACUCCUCUGGUGUGUAUUGUGAAGUGGUGCGACUUAGACCUUCGCAGGAGUUUUUAGUGAAAUUUGCGUGAUUUAAUAGUUACUUUGGAGCCCUAAGUAUACCAGCCACUGAAUCAGAGUGUUAUGUCCAGUGCAGGAGUGGGCCGAGUUGCCAGUCAUCAUCUUCUCGCAUAGCAGAAGCAACAUGUGUUAAGUGUUGUGUAAUGGUGUUAUCAGAGUGUCAUGAAAUUAUGUGGUGAGGAGAAGUGAGUGUGAGCGUUGGGUGUGUGGCGGUGCCAUGGGUGGCAGCUAGCAGCCCGGCGCUAGAGUGGGUGGGCGUAAUGGCCCCCGCCCUUACUCAAGCGUCGGACCCCCAGACGUUUCACGUGGCUGCCCAUCACCACUCGCCUACCCGUCCAGGCGAGGCCCCAGUUGCGCACAGUAGCCCACCACCCACCACUCAUCUGGCGUUACAAUAUGGUGGGUUGAAGGAGCCUCCUGAUUGCACGGACGCCCAUUUAACAGCUGCCCUGACAAACGGCACACGUCGGCUCCAUCUACUGCCUCCCUCUCCGCCAGAAGCGGGUGGGUUGGCGUGUGGGCGGGAGGGCUGUGACCCUCCUCCACGCCCUCACGCUGCCCAUUCUACCAUGGACCUCUCAUCGGGCGUUCCCUCGCCCCUCUCACAAGAUAACAACAUACCCCUGAACCCUUCAGAGAUCAUACCCCCGCCUACAGUGAUGGGUCAAGAUCAUAUUCAGCAGAGCACAGACGAUGUGCCCUUGCAAGACAAUGGGACUAAUAAGUCGCAGAGGCCUCUGUCUCAGGAUGGAGACCUCUUGGCGCUCAUCGGGAGGGAUUUUGCCAAUAUGAACGAGAUCAUUGACACCUUGACCAGGUUAGCGGAUAACCCUGAAGCCUUGACGGCUGCACUCGACCUAGCUGGUAAUGGCACCGAACAGCAGGCGAUUGAGCCACAGGUUGCUGUUCCUCAAGUGUCUAAAGAGGAGAGGUCGCAGUUGCUGAUAGACGACUUGAGUCGCCGCCAAUGGCAGAUAGAAAGAAGGCAAACGCGUUUGCUGAGACGGCUGAGACGUGUUACUGCGCGAGGACUGGGAGCCUCUGUGUCGGGUCAGAUUCGGGAAUUGUUGGACCAAUCGCAAAGUGUCUUGGCGCAACAAAAGGACCGGAUGACUCUCCGUGAGGAUAAUCCAGAGUCACUAGGCAUUCCAGAGGUGGGUGUGGAAUCCCUCAGGGCUGAUACUAUGAAGGGAAUGUCAACCUCUGCAUUAGUCAGUUUAGUUCGUCGUGUUGAAGCGUCACAGGGCCUUGCGAGAUUGGCUGCCGUAUCACACAAGCCAUCACGCAGUCAGCCAGCCGCCCCAGCACCAGCCUUGCCUGAAGAUACCAGAGCAGAGAUCUCUGCAGUAGUGUCUGAGUUUCAUUCUGCAUCCCGUGCUCAUACCCAUCACGAUUCAGAUGCUACUGAAUCCUCAUCUGGUGGGGAAUCAUGUGAUGAACUUGAUGGCUUUAAUGACUCCAAUGUGCAUCAUUCGCAUGUGCGGGAUCGAGCAUACUACCGGUAUUGUCGUGCGAGAGCGUGGGUAGCUUCUAGAUGGACUUGGCUACAGGCUCAGAUUGCAGAUCUCGAAUAUAGAAUCCUUCAACAACAUAAAAUUUAUGCACAUGUAAGAAAUACCAAAGGUGCAGUUCAAAUUGAAGAAGGGAGUAAGUGGAGAGGGUUGACUUUGCGUGACCCAGCCCACCUUGAUCUUCACGAUCCUGCCCUUACGUGCCUGUCUGCGUCUAUUCGGACUACUGUAAACGGAUACCAUGGCAGAGUUGAAGAUGGUGUUGGCGGGGGUGUGUCAGAUACUUCCUAUACAUCAGCGCGUACUCAGGGUGUACGAACGAUCAAAAGAAGACGGCUAGUGAGGGCAGGAGCUGGUCUCUGUGCUGGCCACAGACGAGGGGGCGGGGGUGGACGAAUUCCUGCUGUGCAGUGCAAGUGUGUCCCGCCUUUAACUUGUGUACUGUGUACACGCUUACAAGGUGCUGUCCCCCCUGCAGCCCCUCCAGAUCCAGACACACAGCCAUCCAGUGAAAGACGUGCAAGAGUUGAUCCUACUUAUCAUCCUGUACUCACACAACCUACAGAUGUUUCAUUGUCAGAACAGUUUGAUGCUUUGCUUAAGACAACAGACUGGCAGAGGCAGGUUCUUACAGCAAAAACUGUUCAGCCCUUAGCUGUGAACCGAACAAGCAAGGAGUUACCGAAAGUUGAGAAAAAGAAAAAGAAAGAUAAAGAACGGAAGAAGGAAAAUAAAAAGAGUAAAAAAGAAGGGAAAGGAAGAAUAAUGUUGAAAAUACGAAAGUCACCAAUAACAGGAGAGUUAGUGCGAGAUGGAGACUUCAAACGAAAAAGAUUAGCUGCUCAAGAAGCGUUAUUAACCAUAAAAAAAGUACGGGUCGAAGAUGAUGAUGAUACAAGUAGCGUAUAUGGUAGUAGCUUACAUUCUUCACCUUCAGCAAGUCCAGCACCUAUUGACCGGUCAGCCCAUAAAAGACAAUCUUCUAGUUCUAACCAAAAAAAUAAACAGAAUUCAAGUGGAAAGGCUUAUGACAUCGAUAACAUUGUGAUUCCAUAUAGUAUGGCAGCCUCAACACGUGUGGAGAAGCUGGAAUACAAGGAAAUCCCAACACCUAAAUGGAGAGUUGUUCCCGUUUUACCAAAUAAUGUUCACCAUAUGAGCAGUGGUACUAGUCAAGAAGAAGAGUUUGAAGAGGACAUCAGUGAAGAAGCAAUUGCUGCCCGGCACGGUCGCAGCGAAGAGAUGGAGCGGAAGAAGUUCCUACAAUACCUCCACAUGCAAGUAACCUCAAGGUCUACCCGCUCACGACGAACCGAUUCCUCAGGAACAAACACACCAGACCAUCCAUUAUCUCCAAGGCCGCCGGAUCCAGCAAGUGACACUAUAUCACCUCUAGCUACACCUCCAACCACUCCUUUAGCACCGUCUGAGGAUUCCAAUCAGUCUUCUUCAUUACCAACUGUAACAAAUACUAAUUCUUCUACUGUAAUUACUUCUAUCCCUAAUUCUGGAAUACCCUCAACAGUGUUGCCUCAACCCUCAAAUAGUUCAUUGCAAGAAGACAGCCAGUCUGGUUCUCUAAAUCAGCCAUCCACUCUUCUCGUCCAUUAUCCUCAAGUCGGAUUAAGCAGCGAUAGUAACCCUCUGCCUACAACGGGUUCAACUUCUGUGACAUCUAGUGCCACUCUUUCAACAGCUUCUCUAUCUUCUUCGCUGUCCAUGUUGACGGGGACACGGCGAACCAGAACUUACAGCAGUGGCAGCCGUUCAAGGGGCUUCUCUUUGGAGGAUGGAUUCAUUGAAAAACUUGAGGGUAUAGAGCCAUAUGAAAAACGUGUCUUCCCAUUGUCUGAGGCAGAAUAUUUAACAUUGUUAAGGAAAGCAGACGACUGUGAUAGUGUCCCUGUUAGCACUUUCCUUGAUCCCUCCAAUCGUGAACCAAAUAACAUUGAUGAGAGUGGACGCAGUUCUCCAAUGAGUGAAGUAACAGAUUCAGCACCAGAGGAUGAAGGCAAUUAUGAUGAUACAGCAGAGCCAAAAUGGACGAUAUCAGGAUUAAAAGAUGCUACUGGUCAGUGUGUGCUGCAAAUUCACCGCAACUGAUAUUGGCAUAACUCUGACAAGGCUCUAAAUAGAAAUUGAAAAGUAAUAGGAUGAUGUCUUUUUAAUUUAAAAUCCCAAGAUUCGUUUACACAAGUUACUGGUACCAUUGUAUAAGCCAUGCAUUAGGAAUUUAUGGGGAAAUGGAUUAUAUUGUCAGUAAAUAUGAAAUUUCCGUUAUGAGUCACAUUGGUCUUUUUAUUUCUUAACAAGAUAACACACAGGAAUGCAGAUUUUAACUUGCACUUGCAAAAUCUUUCAGGGAUUGAUGUAUUUUCUUAGUUUUGUAACUUCAUGUAAUUUGAAAAGUUGAAGUCCCAUUCAUUUCACUGUAAUUGGAGAGUAACCAUUGUUUAUUUUGUUUUAAUAGGAAUUAAUUGUUAUUAUUAGAGUUAUUGUCACACAGUACCCCAGACUUUGUGUCUGUUAUCAGGAAGAAGUUUUGAAUUACAAGAUGGAAGGGAAACUGCACACGGUAGCGUUACGUUUAGUGAAAAAAAAUUUUUUUUGUUUGAUGAUUUGAGAUUAGUUGUUAGUAGUUCAGUAUGAGGGGCUUGAAAUGUAGUGCUAGCAGAAGAGAGAAUAUAGUAUAAUGUUGAAUGCAGAAUACAUUUGUCAUGUCAGAGUUUCUCUAUCUGUAUUUAGUAAGAAAGGCUAUGCCAUGUUGCUAAUAAAGGUUCUCAUCCUUUGGUUUGUUAGUUGAAAAGAUUUUGUAAAAGACUACUGUGCUUGGUACUUAGAAAAGAAUGCUAAAUUCCUUGCCUUCCUAUUUGCUUCUACCAGCACAGACAAAAAAAGAAAAAAAAAAGUCAAGCUUUUAAGUCUUGAAAACUCAAUCCAAGCUUGGUCCCUGCACAUACCCCACCAACCUAUUUUAUUUUUUAUUUACAUAAAUAAAGAUAGUAAGUCUAGCCCUUUACUUUAUGUUUUACUGUUUUUUAAAAACUACUGAAUACAAAUAAUAGUAGCAUUGUUUAUGAAGAACAGAAGUGAAUGAGGAUGAAAGAAAGGUUAUAGAUAGGUGUAAUUUUUGGGAUGUGUACCUUUUUUUAUUUAUUUAUUUUUAAUUAGUUGGUAGAUUUUAGUAGAGGUCUCCUUACCUUGUGUAAUUCUGUCAGAUUGUUUAACACUGUGAUGAUAUAUAGUGAUUACUUUCAUUACUAUUAGAACAUUAUUGAUAACACAUUUAGUUGAAAGUGUUACUGAAUGAUUAGUAAGAAAGUUUGAUAAGGUUGUUCAUAAUUUAAAAUAAAAACAGCAGUAUAGAAUUGGUUUCAAUCUGGACAGAAUUCUUAAAGAUAUUUUUAGAUUUUCAGAUACUGUAUGUUAAACAAAUCAUAAGUUUUUUACUUUCUUUUCUAGGUCCACGAAGAAAAAAAAUACAGUAAAAAAAAAAAGUAUUUAGUAUAUGGUCUCUGCUUAGCUAAUUGUUUGGUAAAGAUAAGCUGCUUUGUGGCAGAAUGGCUAUAUGUUUCGAUAUAUAUCCAUUUCUAAUUAAUUUUGAACCAAGUGCUCCGAAGAAAGAGGAUGAUUGAAGUUUCUAAGAUUUACGUACAAUUACAGGCAUGGAGAAGAAAAUUCCUCUAUAAUAUGCUGUGCUUUGAUCCUCCAGGAGAACGCAGCAGAAUAUACGCUUAUGUAAUCUGUGUCAUGAACUCUCCUGUAAACUUUCAAAUCUAAUUACAUAAUGACGUGUUCAACUGUUCUCGAAAUGUAUCUCCUUUCAUUUUCCAUUAUAUAAAUAUGAAUAUAUAUAAAUAUAUAUAUAUUAUAGGUGUGUCUGCCUAUUGUUCUUUAGUCUAGAAGACUAAUGGAAAUGUAUUCUUACCAAGUAAUGUUUUGCUUUGUUUAAUUUGCUCCUAUGGGGCCCUUGUAAAAAGGUUAUUGUAAAGUGUAACCACAGUGAUGCGAGACAUAUUUGUACCUUUGUCAACAAUGCCUGUUUAUCAUUAUUUUCUUGAAUAUUCCUUUAUGAAGGUGAUUUUUGAAGUACAGUAUGGUAACUAUAUUCUUGUUUUUCAAGUCUUGAUUGAAUGGGCAUAAAAUGUUGACAUUCUUGUAAAUAUUGUAUAGAAGUCAGUGUGAUUACAAGUAUUUAUAACCAUUCAUUGUUGUUGAAUGGGAUACUUGUUGCCUGAUUGAGAGAGCACUGUCAGAGAAAACAAAAGGGAAAAAAAAUACAAACAUU